AUGCUUUGGGUGGCCAUAUUCACACUGUCAUGCUUUGCCACAGUAGCUGACAUUCCUGGUAUUUUCGGGCCAGUGCCAGUCAUAUCUCCGUCUCCCGCGAGUGAUGUUUCAAAGUACUUCAAGAGCCGACCAAGUGAUUUCGUUCAUCCCGGUAUCUGGCACACACAUGAGGAUCUAGAGCGCAUUCGUAACGGAGUCCUCGAAAACAAAGAUCCCUGGGCAUCAACCUAUGCUGUCUUCAGCAAGGACAGCUACAGCUUGGCGACGUAUGAGAUGAAGGGGCCAAAGCCAGUCAUUUCACGCGGCAGCGUCAGCAACUACACAUCCUUCGCCUCCGACGCCCGAGCUGCAUGGCAGAAUGCGCUCAUGUGGUACAUCACAAAGGAUGACGCCCACUGGAACCGUAGCACGACCAUCUUGGAUAGCUGGGGUUCCACCCUAGUCAACAUCAUCGGGACGGACCGCUCCCUCCUCAUUGGCCUUGACGGCGAUCUUUUCGUCAAUGCCGCGGAGAUCAUGCGCUGGGAGGGGAACUGGACUGAGUCCGGAGCACGCUGGCAAGGCGGGUCUGGCUUCAGCAUCCAGCUCUAUUGGUUGUUCUCGAGGCAGUCGAUCCCUAUUGGCCAGGCGAAUUACGGAAUGGCUAGUAUCAAGGCCCUCUUGAGCUUUGCUGUCUACCUCGACGAUGUCACUCUUUACAACUAUGCCAUCAAUGAGUACUUGAACAACCCCUGUGCGGGGCUAUACUCGUUCUUCGAACCCGAGACGGGCCAAAGCUCGGAGUCUGGCCGCGAUCAGAGCCAUGCCAUGUCCGGCCUGGGCUGGGUUGCUCAGGCUGCACGGGUAGCUCAGAGUCAGGGUUCUGACCUCUACAGUCAAGGUGACAACCUCCUGCUGAAAGGUGCAGAGUAUACGGCCAAGUUCAACUUGAAUGGGAGUGUCCCGUACGAACCAAAGUGGUAUCGAUGUGAAGCCGUUCUUGUCAAUGGGCCUUGGGCAGCCAUCUCCCAGGACAAGCGAGGUGUAACGGCCACAAACCCAAUGUGGGAUAUCCUGUACUACCAGUAUGUUGUCAAGAGAGAGUUGGAAGCGCCUUGGGUCACAAAGGCCAAACAGACUGUUGGGUCCGAGGGUCGCUUGACCAGUAACGAUCAUCCUAGUUGGGGAGGGUUGAUAUGGGCUUAUUGA